AUGGGCAAAGGCGAUGGCAAAUAUUGGAAGGGCCAGGGCAAAUGGGGUCCUCGGGGCGACAAAGGAGGCAAUUGGAUUUCGCAGCCGGAAGAGCCAGAGAUGAAACGUCCGCGAAUGGAUAAGGGCAAAGGGAAGGACAAGUCUGCUGGUAUGAUGGGCAUGGGCAAAGGAAUGCUUGGCAAGGGUAUGGACGAGACGCCUUUGGGAGAGAUGGAACUUCUGAAGGGCGCCAAGGGAGGUUUGGGCAAAGGACCCUUGAUGCCGGCGCCUACUGGGCCUGCCGGCAUCAUGAUCCCUGCUCCGAAUCCGGGGAUGCCGCUGAUGCCUAUGCCGCAAGGCUUGCCGCUGGCAAAGGCGUGCCCAGCGCCAGCGCCAAUGGGCAAAUUGGUACUCCUGGCACCAGCCACCAAGCACAUUACGCCAGUUUCGUCGAAGGCGGCCAAUAGCAACAACAAGAAGAUCGCCAUGGAGUUUGUCCAUGCCUCAAAAGACGUCCAGGCGCAGAUGUUGAAGGAUCCUGCAGUGGCUCGAGUGCGGGACUUAGAUGGGCUGAUUUCCCUCCAGCUCUAUCCUAGCCCACCUUGUUCGAAUGCUCACCGAACUGCUGUCGCUCACACAUUGAGAGCCACAACAGGCUGUGCACCGCCAUGCGCCAUGGAGCAGAUUUUUCAUGCUGCUCGCGAGCAGUACAGCCUCUUGAAGAACAUCUUGAGGCGACAGGAACUCUUUGUGCCGAUGCUUGGGAUCUGGGUGGCUUCCUUCGGUGGAGCCUUGCAUGGUCCGGUGACCACCUACUUUCAGGUGGAGCUGGGCGCCAGCACCGCCGAGAUCGGCAACUUUGGCGUGAUCCGCACGGUGGGGGUCUUGUUGGUGUCUCCUCUCUAUGGAUGGCUGCUGGAUCGGCACUCGGCCUACACGCCUGCAGUGCUUUCAGCGUUUUGCUGCACCUUCGGCUGUCUUUUCCACGGCUUUGCUCCUGAUGUCUCUGGACUCUACUUGGCCAGUGUGGUGCUUGCGCUGGGGGCAGUGAAUUUCUGGAAUGUGGUGGGUGCCUAUGUUGCUUUGGCCACCCCCCGUGAACAGCGGCACGUGGUAGUCACCGGCUUUCAGGUUCAGGUCUCAGUUCUACGGCUCCUCGGCACCUCGCUGUAUCCCUUCAUUGACUCGUUGCUGAUUGCGGGUGGCAUCCAGCACAAGCUGCUGAGAUAUCGGAUACACAUGAGUGAGUGCAGCAUUUUUUGUGUCAUCGCCUUCUUCUAUUUGGUCUGUCGUUUCAGCCCGGCCACCUGGCUCGAUGAGAAGACGGACAGCAAAGGCGAAGGCCGCAGCCUGCGUUCCUCGCAGCUUCUGCUUCUGCUGGCCACAAGUGUGGUGCAAUCGUUUGGGGAGACCGUGGUCACGGUGCUGUGGCCCCUGCACCUCCGAAAGCUGCACUUGGGUUCCCACGACCUUGCCUGGUUGCAGCUGUCCUCCCAGCUGCUGAUUAUCGUCAGUACUCUGGGGUAUCCACCUCUGACUCGAGUUUUGGGCCACCGAGCCACUGCUUCCGCCCUUCCUCUGCUGGCAGCGGUGUGCUCGGCCUUGGCUUUUCUGCAGCCUGAGCCAACUAUCUAUGGACAGCUGGUGCAUGUGGUGAACGUGCUGACUUUCUUGGCCCUGUGUGGCACCAUGAAGGUUUGCUACCAACACCUGGCCACCAUUGCUGUGCCUCCAGAGCAUCAGGGCCGUAUCUUCUCGUUGCUGAACGUCCUGUCCUCGCUGGGAAAUAUCUUGGGAAACCUGGUGGCUACGCGCUUCUCAGAACAUGAAACUGCCCUCUAUCGCCGCGGCGCCUUUCCUUUCUUGGUGACCUCAUCUCUGUUUUGCACCAUGGGCUGCUCCGUGGUGACGUUUCUCUGUGUGCCUAUGGAGGAACAGCACCAUCCGAAGGCAAUCCCAGCGCGGGUGGUGGGUGCCAGCGAUGCUAAGGUGUAUCUCAACUUCAAAGGGAAAGCCAGCGGUACCCAAGCACAAGCCAUCCUGCAGACCCUGGCAGAAUCGCCUGGGGGCAACAUGGCGCUGGCAGGGGCUCCAGGUGCGCUUCCCACACCCUUGGUGCCCCGGGCGCCGAUCCUUCCGCAGUUUCCAGUGGGCGCUCCACCGGCGGCGCCUGCAUGGACUGGUGUCAUUACCUUGGCACGGAAUAUGGCCAAGAAGACUCCAUUCAGAGCAGCGCUCAUACAAGGGAAGGUUUCGGAUGUGGAGGCCUUGAGGGAUCCCUUCGCAUCCCUUCGCUAUUUCGCCAUGGGUGCCAACCUCCGCGGAGCCACCAACGCGGAUGCCGCAGACUCCCACGGCGCCAGCAACGGCGCCACCGCGGCGGAGCCGGCGCCGCGGUGGCUGAAGACGGUGCGCUCCGCGGUGGCGCUGCCCGCGCCUGCGGAGGCCGCGGCAUCACCGUUGGCGCGUGCGGUGGGCCGAGUCUUGCGACCCAACUCCAGCUUGGUCUUUGCGAGGUGCUGUUUCACAUCGCCAUGCUGCCCUGAUGGUCCUGGAGUCGUCGUGGAGCGCGCCCUGGUGGACAGCGGCUCCUCCGACUGCGAGCUGCGGGAAGGGCUGCUGCGGCAUCUGCCAGCGCUGCCGGUGGUGGCACGAGGAGUGACCUACGAAACUUCCACGGGGGACGAGGCCUACGAUGCUUACGAGGUGGUGUUGACCGUGAAUGGGCAGCGCUGUGCAGCAGUGCUUACGGUUGUCCCCGAGGAGCGCUUCCAGGCGUGCGCGGAGGAGCCUUGUUCUGAUGAGGCCUUGUUGGGCCACAUGGCCAUUGCAGCCUUGGGCCUUGAUGUGCACUGCCGCAGCCGAUCCAUGCAGAAGGCGCAGGUGGAGGAUGCGUCAGGAAGCAUUGGGCCACUGCCCCAAGGCGACUUAGGGCAUCUUCAUGUUGCCAGCAGCCGGCCCUAUGGCUUUUUUCCGCCCCUCCCUGCAACCAGCGUCAACGUCUUGGCAGUGCCGGUCGGACAGCUCUGGACUGCGUAUCGCCAUGAGUUGAAGCGGUUGCCCCCCAGGUGGCUGCCGGGAACAGGCUGUGCCAUGCCGGUGUCCUUGGAUGCCUUCGAAGCCGAGGCGCAGCGAGCGCCCAGCGAAGUGGAUUUACACGGCAAGCCGGUGGUGCCGGUGACUUAUGCAUCCUGUGUUUUUUUGUCUCCUCUCGCACCCGAGCUGCGGGUCUCGGUGAACAUGGCAUUGGUGGAUUCGGGCUCGUCGGAUUGUGAGCUGCGGGAAGGGUUUCUGGACCGUCUGGGCCGUUUGCCCACGGUGGCAGAAGGCGUCGUGUACGAGACAGUGGCAGGACGCCAUGUCUUUGACUCCUAUGAGGUGUUGGUGGCCAUUGGUGGCCGCGUGUGCGCCUGCGCUGUCACUGGGGUGCCGGAGGAGCGCUUUCAUCCUGGGGCUGAAGAUCCAGCGUCGGAUGAGGCAGUGAUUGGCCUAGCAGCCCUCUCAGCCCUGGAUUUGGUCGUCACCUGCGGUCAAAGGACCGUGGUGUCGGCACGGCCAUGA